GUUCCAACUACUACGUGCGCAUCCUGAGCACCAUCGACCGCGAGCUGCUCAAGCCCAACGCCUCGGUGGCGCUGCACAAGCACAGCAACGCCCUGGUGGACGUGCUGCCCCCCGAGGCCGACAGCAGCAUCAUGAUGCUCACCUCAGACCAGAAGCCGGACGUGGUCUAUGCGGACAUCGGGGGCAUGGACAUCCAGAAGCAGGAGGUGCGCGAGGCCGUGGAGCUGCCCCUGACCCACUUCGAGCUCUACAAGCAGAUCGGCAUUGACCCCCCCCGGGGGGUGCUCAUGUACGGCCCCCCCGGCUGCGGGAAGACCAUGCUGGCCAAGGCCGUGGCCCACCACACCACAGCCGCCUUCAUCCGCGUGGUGGGCUCGGAGUUUGUGCAGAAGUACCUGGGCGAGGGCCCGCGCAUGGUCCGCGACGUCUUCCGCCUGGCCAAGGAGAACGCGCCGGCCAUCAUCUUCAUCGACGAGAUCGACGCCAUCGCCACCAAGCGCUUCGACGCCCAGACCGGCGCCGACCGCGAGGUCCAACGGAUCCUCCUGGAGCUCCUCAACCAGAUGGACGGCUUCGACCAGAACGUCAACGUCAAGGUGAUCAUGGCCACCAACCGUGCGGACACGCUGGACCCGGCCCUGCUGCGGCCCGGCCGCCUGGACCGUAAGAUCGAGUUCCCGCUGCCCGACCGGCGGCAGAAGCGCCUCAUCUUCUCCACCAUCACCGGCAAGAUGAACCUGUCCGAGGAGGUGGACCUGGAGGAUUACGUGGCGCGGCCGGACAAGAUCUCGGGGGCCGACAUCAACUCCAUCUGCCAGGAGGGUGGCAUGCUGGCGGUCAGGGAGAACAGGUACAUCGUGCUGGCCAAGGACUUUGAGAAGGCCUACAAAACCGUCAUCAAGAAGGACGAGCAGGAGCACGAGUUCUACAAGUGACACCUUGGGGACACCUUGGGGACACCUUGGGGACACCUUGGGGACACCUUGGGGACACCUGGAGGAACCCCCCGGGGGCACCUGGGGACGUUCAAAUAAAGCUGAGACCGGA